UGGGUUUCAAUCGACGACGAUGCCGAAGUCACCGAGGAGGCAACACUGGACGAUCGGACAAGCGAACUCGCCGAAGCAGUUGCAGAUGCCAAGAAGGUACCAGACAAACAGGAAGAAGAGUCUGAAGAGGAAGACGAAGAAGUCGAGCGCCCAGUCUCAUCAAAAGAAAUGAGGGCGGCAUUGGCCGCCAUGAAUGUUUCGGGCAGAUUCCUCCGGCUCAUGGGUGAGCUUGAAUGUGACGUUUCCUUUGAGGGCACUCAAUCCAGGGGAACAUGUUGCCUUACCAACCGCCCAAAGCUGGACUUACUUGGCCUUGAAUGGAUCGAGAAGCUCGGUCUUCCAGACUUGCCACUCAACCGCUUUUGCAAUGGUGUGCAGUCAACUCGGCCCAGUCCCGCCAAAUCAAAUCAACUAACAACAGAUCUGAUGUCAACGCCCCAACUCCUGCCAAGGUGCAUAAGAAGAAGAAGGAGGGGGAACCAAGACAGAAUACGCCAGCAACGUCCGAGCCCCGUCAAACGCCUGGUCGGUCAACUCACAACGGCACGCGCAAAAGGCAUGGUGCCCCAACAAAGCCCCCAUCCUCUUCUUCCACGACUGCAGCCGACUCCCUAG